UCGAUAUUAUGUGCUAAAGUUGUCCCAUCUCUCCCGACCCUAAUAUAUAAAUAUUGUUAACCUUUGCAGUUACAAGUGAUUGCAAGAGUGAGCGAGUUUGAUUUCAUUUCAAUUGAACUAGAAAACGAAAUGUCUGCUGAAGCGUCAAUCCAGGAUGAGUUAUACAAAGAUCUAAUUCCUGGUGAAAUUGGAUGCAGAAGACUGACAUCCGAAGAUCGAGAUUUGAUGGUCGACUUAACCCUAAAUCACUUUCUACCAAGAGAACCGAUUUGUUCUUUAACAGAAAAGAAGUCUCCUGGAAAAAUGGGACCGUUUCUUAGGGACGUUUAUACAAAAAACGUCAUUCAAGAUAACGCAUCCUUAAUUGCAUACGAUAUUAAAAGCGGUGAGGCAGUGGGAAUUAUUUUGGGAAACCUCCAUCGCGUCGGUGAACCCCACCCACCCGUUCUGGAUAAAGAUAUUGCGCCUAUGGCGAGAUUGCUGGACGCUGUAAACGUCGAUAUCGCAUCUUAUGUUGGUGAAGACGUGUACCUCACUAUUGCAUUGUCAACUGUUAAGGAGACACAUUGUAAAAGAGGAAUAAUGACUGCAAUACGAAAACGAAUUGAACUGGUGGCAAAGGAGUUGAACUGUGGGUAUGUAACGAGUGAGUCGACGUCAUUAUACACACAACUCAUAAGCUCAAAACUUGGUUAUGAUACGAAAAAAGAAAUCAAGUUUGCUGAAUACGUGGAUUCUGUUACUGGCGAAUACUUUACGAAGGAUAUAGACCCUCCUCAUUAUUGUGUUAAACUCAUGAUCAAAAAGAUUAACUAAAAAUUUUACCUAAACAAUUUAAAUUUUGAAUAUCGCCAUCAAAUUAUAAUAGGGAACUCUAAAAAUGAGAGUAGGGUGGGGGAAGAUAGAAAACUUUUUCAUACGAUUUUCUCGUCCUAUUUGGUAGUAAACAAAGAACAUUCAAUAGAAUCAUAGAUAACCGUGUCCUAUAACGAGUUUUCUAGACCUUUGUUAAAUGUUUAAAACAAGAUCAGGAUAUUUGGAUAUAUUUCUGCUAAAGGUGUCCCGUCUUCCCCCGCCCUACUAUAUGUGUAUGUUAUAGUAGGAUGGAAAAAAUAGCGCAUUUAUAAUUUUCCCAUUCCGUGCACCUAUAUUUGACAACAAACGAAAAAAUGACUGUUUUAUUCGACAGCAUUUCAACUGCCUAACAAAAACUAAUGACGAUUACAGUUGCUUUUUUUGUUAAGUAUUAAAAUUCGGUGUUAAAAGAAUACAUCAUAUUUUCUGAAUCCUAUACUAUCGUGAUAGUACCGUAAUUAUGUGAAGUUUAAUUCUUGUUGAAUCAAGUGAAAACUACCAAAGUUGUGUAGAUUGCAAGAUUGCAUCGCCAAUUCAAUCUCGUAGUUUAAUAAAAUAAGGCUGUAAUUUUUCGUCUAUGUGAUUUUGUGUAAUAAAAUAAGUUUCAUUUGU